AUGUCAAAUCGCGUAGAAUAUAUAAUUUCACCGUUUGAAAGUGAAUCAUACAUAGAAAAUUUACAAAUUUCCGAGCGAUUUCAUAAAAAAUUAGUAUUAUUAAAUCAACAAAGCGUUUUAGAAAUUAGCGCUUUGCGAGAAGAAAGUAUUAAAGAAUGGUUUGUUUCCUUUAAAAAGAUUCCAAUUCUUAUAUAUGAAGCCAUACAAAUUGAUGUAUGGAAACAUAAAGUAUUUCCACUGUUAAUAGAAAUGAACGCAGAACCGAAAAAUACAUUCAUGCUUUUCAUUAUAUUUUAUCAUGAGGACAUUGCUAUUUCAUUAUUAGAAAAUGUAUUAUUUCAUUCUGAAAGUGCAGAAACUAUGAACGAUUCCGUUCUCGAUCUUGUUGAUUACGCUGUUAAAUAUGCUUCUUUCCUUUUUGAUGCACCAGACAUUGAAAUUUAUGAAAAUGUAACAAAUCCAAAUUCAUGUCUUGAAGAAAUAUUUGAAAAAAAGAAAGAAAUUGAAUUUGAUAUCAGCAUGAGAUGUAUUUCGAUUCUCCGUUAUUUGGCCGAAUUUGCGGACAAUUUACCGCUGUCUGUAUUGUCGCGGUUGUUAUCUACGCAUGACGUACCCUACUUGCUUGUUCAACUCAUUGAAAAACAACCAUGGAAGAAAGAAAAUACAGAAGGGGAAAAUAUGAUAUACAAUGGUAGUUGGAAGAAAGUAAAGCCAAGUGAAGAAGGAAAAAUUUGUAAAAUAGAAGGACAAGUUUGGUUUGGUUUACGAGAAUUACUUCUCAAUUCAAAAAGUGCACCAUACUAUGAAGUUACUGAACAUAGACUUUCUCAAUUAAUAAAGUUGCAGAAAUAUUUGCACGAAGAUAUGCUGGAUCAAAUUUCUCCUCUGAUAGAUUUAAAAAGGUGGUUAAGUUAUUUAAGUGUGUCAGCAUCUCAAACUAGAGCACCUCGAGCAGUAAAUGUGGAACUUAUACCACAGAUAAAAUCAUCAAUAAUGGAAAGGUACCACAAAAAGUGGAAAAAAUUAGCAAAACAUCAGUCAAAGUUUAUAUACACAACAGAUGUAGAAUAUAUUAAAAAUGCAGCUCAAAUUUUAAGUGAUGCAUAUGAUCUGGAUAAAUUAGAUUGUAUUGAUGUUAAAGAAUGCUUUUUAUGUCAUGAAGAUGCAAAAAACCGUUGUUCUAAAUGCAAAGAAGCUUGGUACUGUGGAAGGGAGUGUCAAGUAAAAGACUGGACAAAGCAUAAGAGUAUUUGUGACAAACUAACAAAAAAUCUAGAAUGUGAACAAAAAGAACAAUUUAAAAAAUACAAUGUAAAAACGUAA